AUGGUUCUUUAUGUUGAUGCUGCCAGGCACAUGAAAGGCGAAUGGGGAGAAAAAAAACGCUUAUCAGACAAACAGUCACCAGGAGUUGAAAUGGGUCAACGAGCUAUAAUAACGACGACUGUGAAAACAUAUUUUUGCAAAAUGAAAAUGUCAGAAAAGAAAGAAAAAAAAACUUUUUAA